GAAACUGAAGAGACAAAAUCUGUCCUUUGUCUUGAUUUUUCUCCUGGCUUAGAUCCUGCUGCAGGGGUGACUCCAGUCAUGAUUGUUUCUCUGCCUGCCAGGCCCUGCGUAUCCUGAGCUAGCAGUGGUUUUUGGCUGUGGCACUUGGUGCUGCCUCUGCUGAGACUCACAAGUUGUGUGAGGAGAGUUUAGACUCUUUAGAAUUCUCUUUAGAAUGUUCUGAAGGUCCUGUCUUGUGGCAAGAGUUGUGUCCACGCUGGCUUUCAUCCUCAGAGUAGGGAUGCAGGUGUGGCUCUGGCAGAAAGCAUUCAAAGCUGCCUGUGGCACUGUAGCUGUUUGAAGAGCAGGAGCUGGUACUCUUCGUGGUGUUUAUUAUUGUCUUGAGGUAGGAACCUGAAUAAGGUCAUUCCUUGUUGAACCAUUGUGUAUCAGAGCAUGAACUGAAGAGAAUGCUAAAAGGUGGAUGAGCACCAGCUUUGUGGUAGCAUGGUCUGGUAAACUGUGAAAAUGGAGCCACAGAAUAGAGCAGGGCAGGAAGCGGCCAAGUGAGAGUGGAGUGCUGCUUAUAUCAGAUGAAGAAAAGAAAAAAACAUAUUCCUGCACGAUUUUACACAAAUUCUAUUCACUUAAGAAUUGGGAUGUUUAGACCUCCAUGAGGGUAGAAGUGUGGCAAAUACUUCAGGAAGUUUUUGGAAAUGAGUGGGAUGCUAAUGUACCUGUGUGCAACAAGUACAGAAAGGAUACUGGACAACUCUACAUUUAAAGCAACAACAGAAUAACAUUGUAGUCAAAUUCCUUGAUGAGUGGCUUCAUUUCUUACUAUGGUAUUCCUGUGGAGUGGAUUCAGGGCUUCUUUCAGGGAGUGGGAGUUCCUGUGUUAAUACUUACUGACAGUGUUGGUGACAGACACUGCCCUGCACAGGGUGGUGUGUACCUUGGGGGUGUGUAGCACACACAGCAGUAGCAGGAAACGUGACUAAACUAUAGAGCAGCACAACUAGAUACAGUACAUGCCAUCUUUGAACCUUUGUAAUUCACUGUGAGCUUGUCUGGAGUAAGCUUGAGACCUUUCCCAGCAGUUGUAAAUCAAAUGUGUAUAUUUUGGAGCUACAGUGUUUAUUCGUGUGUAAGUAACAGUUCUACAGCCUAAUUCCAGCAAUGGCCUAUAUAAUAAAUCAAAAAAGAGGUGUUUGAUUAUGCCCUCUGACUUCAAGCCACCAAGGUCUUAGUGUCCUCAACACAGGUGAUUGAACUAGUUUUCAGCUUAUGGGAUCAGUAGUGAACCUGUUGACUUCCUAAAGGAUGGGCAAAAUAACCAGUCAUGCAGCUGCUGUGAGAUUUGGGACUGAUAAUCUCUGUGUUGUGUGGCUCUCAAGGACAGAGGAUUUAUUUGCCAAACAUAGUGCAGGCUGUACCUGUGUUGCAUCAUCACAUGCAGCUAAAUAUUAAGUGCUACUGGUUGAGUCCAUUUUAAGUGGGGAAAUCAGCGAAGUACCUGUUUCCACACUGCUGCUUCAGUGCUGAAAAGCUUGACACAUCUGUUUUUCUUUUUCACAAACACAUUUUGUUGUAAUGCUUGCGUGUUUACUUCCAGGGAAGGGUGUUAAUGUUGCUCAGGUGUUUUCUAUGAACUUGCCAUCUUCAUUCCAAAUUGUUUUCAACUUUGCUACGUCCCUUUCCCAUUGAAUCAGUAUUGGCUUUUGAACACUUGUCAUGGAUGAACCAGUGUCCUUGGAUGAAGGGCAUUUAAUCCAGAGCAAGGCAUGAAAAUAAAAUGUCUAUUUGGUAGUAAGAGGGUUUUUUACUUUUGCUGGGUGGAAAACUGAAAGUGCUGUGAAGAUGAUCUGUAUGGCCAUGGUACUGUUGAGGGAGAAAGAUUUAGUCUUGAUAGCUCAAUCACUUUACAAAUCUUACUUUUAGAAAUUCGAGUCUGAAAACACUAAGUUAAUCUCUAGUGUGUGCUCUGAGAUCUACCUUUUAAAGUGCUGUAUCAUUCUCUCUACAAUGUUACGUUGGGACCCAGCAGGAAAGUUGUGUAGUUUCUAAUGAGAGCUUUGUGCUGUUAUUGCUGUGGGUUGAAAGCUUCCUGUCUGCCUUUCACAGAGAAAUCAUAACAGGUCAUCCUCACCCACGGUGCUGGCUUCAGCAUCACUGCAACACCACUAUUUAUGUUCUAGAAGAUGUCAGAUGAAGGCCUUUCUUGUCCUAAUGAGUCACUUACACUGUGUUCCAGUUUAUUUUUUACUCAGGAAUUUACCUAACAGAAGAAUGAAAUUACUAACUUCCUUUUUUUCCACUUUCUUUGAUGCCCCUGCAAAAGGGUUUUGGUAGUAUGAAAAGGUAGGAGAAAAUGCAGUGGUGCGUCUCAGGAUGCUUCCUCUAAUGUAGUUCUACAUUUCUUCUCAUAGAAGUUCAGUUUUGUCUCACAGAUCUUAAGUAUCUUUCUCCUUAAGUGUUCACAAUCUUGAUAUCCCAACUCCCCAUUUUAUCAGAUGUCAGCCUUUCUUGGAGAGAAGGCUCCUUACAGAUUUUUUGCAGAGGCCUAAAGGUAGACAAAUUGUUGUCAGGAUCAUAUAGCGAGUAUAUGGCAAUGGUAUGAAAAACAGAACCUGGAUCCCAAGAUUUUUAUUGUGGUGCUUUAGCUAUAAGAUCAUCUGUCCUGCUUUGGAGAGAAGGUUGAGAGAACGGUUGAGGCUCUUCAUUUCCCCAUAACACUCAUCUUGCAGAUGAGUGUUGUUCUGCUUCAGUAGCUAGUAUUUUUUUCUUCACUUAGUUAAGGGGCCUCUGAAGACCAGGUUCCCUGUUUCACUUUAUCCUUAACAGAAAGCACCUUUCUGAAUGGACUGUGCUCCUGUGCAAAGCUUAAUUUGUCUUCUUUCUUUCCCAUGUGUCAACCUGCCAGGAUGGCUCUUAGGAGCCGUGCAGCUCUGUAUUGCACUUGGCCUCAUCAUUGCAGAAAUAAGAUUGUACUGGCCAAGACAUCAAUGAAUUCUUGAAGGUUGCCAUAAAGCAUUGCUGCAGCCUUGCCCAGGAGACAGUGUUAUUCCAGAGCACUGUUAGUUAGGAGAGACAAUCAGUGUGUCUUUAACUGAAUGGUGCCAAUGGGAAUGGCAUGUUAGGCAGGGCAGCUGCAGGCUCGGCCUGAAACACGACCACCCUUGAAACCCUAUCUCUACCCCACUGACCCAUGCAAGCUGACUUCAUACUGUGAUGGGAGACCACGUGGGUUGCAUCAAUGCCUGAAAUGUAAUUGCAUCCUGGCAGUGGGGCAGAUCCUGCCUGUGUGACUGAUAAUGUGUUACUUGAAGCAGGGGAGGAAUUGCAUUUAUGCAUGUUUUGUGUAGCUGACCAUGGAGGACUGACCUCAAAGGCUCCCUCCUGUGCCUGUGCCCUGGGUUACCUGAGUGGGAAGUGUUGGCUGUCCUCUGAGCUAAAUGAAGGUCUGGGGCAGGUUCUAAAUAACUAUUAGAAAAAUGAGAAUGUGAGAUGAUGUUUCUCAAGGGUGCUUCCCAACAGAGCCUGUAAUCCCUCAACUAGGAUUUCCCCACAAAAUGUGCUUCCAAGUGUUACACGCUCACAAAGCUUUUGGCAGGCAGGAUACUGUCAUCUUCAUGAUAGAUGAAACUGGGUGCCAGAGGCUUGUUUGCUCUAGUUUUAUCCCUUGCAUUACAGUUCUCUGGCUGUGCAAAGCUUUUCCUUGUGCCCCUUGAUCUAAAACACCCCUGAGAGGAAGCUCCCUGGAGUAAGAGGAGGCUGUAAUGGACCUGGAAAGUAAUUGAGAGCCAGCCUCUCUUCUUUUGCUAAGUCCCUGCCACAGUUACGAACCACAGUGGGAAAAGGGGGUGACCUUUUCCCUUUUUUGUGCUGGGUGAAAGUCACUCUUUUGCAGGAGUGCAGAGCGGUGGAGAGCCUGAUGUGUGACUGGAGCCUGCCACGAUAAGCUGGUUGUUUUCCCUUCUCCUUUCCCCUCCUCGUGCUGUGCUGGGCUUAUCUGGCCGCCUGAGUUAUGUUAAGUAGCGGGUGCAUGCUUGCUCUCUGUUCUCCUCACUGCUUUUGCUCCUUGGAUUUCAAUUCCAAACAUGGUUAUCCAUUUGGGGUCUCUCUCCGUUCCACUGCCAAGAGAUACACAUUCCACACUCAACACCAGCUCCCUCUGCUGCUCUCUCACGGUCGCUAUUCCAUUUGCUGCAGUGCAGGCGAGACAGGCAGUGCAAGGAGAUCUCUGUCCUGUCCGUGAGUUUUCCAGCUAAUGGCCUCGACUCUUUUUCUGACUGAGCUCUUUUGGCCUCACGAUUGCCAGCUGCUUUUCUCACUGUUGUGGCUAAGAAGGGGGCCAGCCGACGCUUUGUAAGCCACAAAGAGGAGAAGUGAACGCUUUUGGAAUUUGAGUGCAAAAACAUUCGGCAGCACUUUUUUAGCAUGUUACUUUGAAACACUGCUGUGGGACCAGACGGUGCACAAAAGGAAGAGGAGGAGGAACAGCUACCCAGAAGCUCUGCUUUCCAAACUCUGCAGCACCCUUUGUGUAUGACAAUUCAUUUUGAGCGCAGGACGGCUGGGGAGGGUGGGGAGUGGGGCAGGAUGAGCGCAAACAGCCCCUCUUGGGACCAGGUUGUUCUCCGGCCUCCGGUGUGUGAUGCUUGGAAGGAGAUUACGGAGGAAGCAGCCUACCAGCUGGCCAGCUGCAUUGUCCUCCUGGGUUACAUGGGGGGAAGUGGCAUCUUUGGGUCCCUCUAUAUCUUUGGCCUCCUGGCCCCAGGCUACUUCUGCUAUGCUCUGUGGGGCUGGCUGAGUGCUUGUGGGCUGGACAUCUUCGUCUGGAACAUGCUGCUGGUCCUCGCCUGCUUGCUUCAGCUAGCUCACCUGGCUUACCGGCUCCGCAGAAACACCAUCCCAGAAGAGUUUGACCUCCUCUACAAGACCAUGUACCUGCCCUUGCAGGUGCCCCUGGAAGUCUACAAAGAAAUCGUGAAGUGCUGUGAAGAGCAGGUGCAGUCGCUAGUCAGAGACCAGAAUUAUGCAGUGGAGGGCAAGACGCCCAUUGACCGCCUCUCGUUGCUGCUGUCUGGCAGGAUCCGAGUGUGCCAGGAUGGACAAUUCCUUCACUACGUCUUUCCGUACCAGUUCCUGGACUCUCCAGAAUGGGAGUCGCUGCGACCUUCUGAGGAAGGAACUUUCCAGGUCACGCUGACAGCCGAGACCGACUGCAGCUACAUCACCUGGCCGAGGAAGAAGCUGUAUCUCCUCCUGAGGAAGGACCGCUACAUCGCCCGGCUCUUCUCCUCCCAUCUGGGCUAUGAUAUCUCGGAGAAGCUGUACUCCCUCAACGAGAAACUCUUCGCCAAGUUUGGCCUUCGCUUCGACAUCCGCUUGCCCAGCCUCUACCACGUCCUUGGGCCAGCCUCCUCGGAGGGGGAGUCGGAGGACUGUGAGGAGCUGCUGCCGGGCUCUGGCCAGGCCAGCCUCUCUGAGCCGCCGCCGCAGCCGCCACCGCCGCCACCGCCGGCUCCGCGCCCCCGGGCAUCCCGGCCCGACAGUGAUCUGCUGGGUGAGGACUCCACCAGUCUUGUCUUGGAAGAUUUUGCUGAGUUGCCGGGGUCUUUUAUGGACUAUGUGAGCGAAGGGGAGUAUAUGAAGUGAGGGCACUCCUGGCAUGGGCACACCUCACCCUGUGUGGGACCCUCGCCCUCUGAAAACCAUCUCCAGAGCUCUCACCCUCUCUGCAAAGGACGAGCCCCUCUGGCUCCCACUCAGACCCCCGAACUCUAGGGAACAACAGGCUGCUUUCAUCCUGAAGCCCCUCCAAGGGAGCCAAUGCUCACACAGGUUUUUGACCAGAGACACUCUUUAGCAUGCAGAGACGUCUGCCAGCCGAUAUCUACACUCAGGAGCACAUGAAGCACAUGCUUAGGACUGCAGUGUGACACUAAACCAGCACCUCCCACCCCAUGGCUGUUCACCAGAGCUGCCUACCCCAGCGUGCUUCCACAGUCUGUUUUCUAGUCCUGCCUCUCUGAGGUGGUCAGCAGCUCUGUCACCAAAGUGCACCAAUAUCCUGCAAGCAAUUCCAGCCUGCUUGCAGAAUCUGUGUUCCUUUUGAUUCAAUGAUUCCCAUUAAAGUCAGAGAUGAAACUA